CAUUCAUAAAUUUCCUGAAUGGAGAUCUCCUCCCACCAGUCCCACCUCCUGCAACAACUGAAUGAGCAGCGAAGACAAGAUGUGUUUUGUGACUGCAGCAUUCUGGUUGAAGGGAAGAUCUUCAAAGCCCACCGGAAUGUGUUGUUUGCUAGCAGUGGCUACUUUAAGAUGCUCCUUUCUCAGAAUUCCAAGGAGACAAGUCAGCCAACCACAGCCACAUUUCAGGCUUUCUCCCCGGAAACAUUCACAGUUAUUCUGGAUUUUGUUUAUUCAGGAAAACUGUCUCUGACAGGUCAAAAUGUCAUAGAAGUCAUGUCAGCUGCUAGCUUCCUUCAGAUGACUGAUGUCAUCAGUGUCUGUAAGACUUUUAUUAAAUCUUCAUUAGACAUUAGUGAAAAAGAAAAAGAUCGGUACUUCAGUCUGUCAGAUAAGGAUGCCGGUUCUAACGGUGCAGAACGCUCCUCUUUUUAUAGUGGUGGCUGGCAAGAAGAAAGCAGCUCUCCACAUUCUCGCCUAAGCCCUGAUCAAGGACCAGGGGUAAUAAGUGGAAAAUCUUGGAAUAAGUACAGUUACCAUUCAGCCUCCCAAAGGAAUACCCAGCAACCUUUGGCCAAGCCUGAGCAAAGGAAAGAUCCUAUCAAGAAGCCCAAACAUUUGAGGUUGUCACAGCCUUCUGAAGUUGUACAUUGUAAGUCAAGCAAACGAGAUACACGGACAUCUGAUCCUUCCGUCCUCGUUCCCCCAGCUGGCGAGCAAGCACAAAAUGAUGCCGAAGUGGACUCUACUCCUUCCAGCUAUCAAUAUGGUCAAGGAUCUGAUGUCACAUCCAGAAGUUUCCCAGACGACCUGCCCAGGAUGCGGUUCAAGUGCCCAUACUGCCCCCACGUGGUGAAGCGGAAAGCCGACCUAAAGCGCCACCUUCGUUGUCACACAGGAGAAAGGCCCUACCCAUGUCAAGCUUGUGGGAAAAGAUUCAGCAGGCUAGACCAUCUAAGCAGCCACUUUCGAACAAUUCAUCAGGCAUGCAAACUGAUCUGCAGAAAAUGCAAACGCCAUGUGACUGAUCUGACAGGACAGGUGGUCCAGGAGGGAACCAGGCGCUACAGGCUCUGUAACGAGUGCCUUGCUGAAGUUGGCAUAGACAGCCUGCCCAUGGAUUUGGAAGAGCAGCACCUCAUGUCCCCGUCAGAAGGAGAAAAGGAUUCCAGGUGGCACUUGAACGAAGAUGAGAACAGGUCCUACGUGGAGAUUGUAGAGGAUGGGUCGGCUGAUCUGGUCAUUCAGCAGGUCGAUGACAGUGAUGAAGAAGAAGAAAAGGAAAUAAAGCCCAACAUUAGGUAGCGAUCACGUGAACCAAUAGGUUCAUGUGAACCCAUAUGGCUGCAGUUGACAUGGACUUCCUGCAUCACUCUCUUUUCAUGGUCAGAGUCUGGUAAACAAAUUUGUUGUACUGACUUAAAACAAGUGACCUGACCUAACUUGCAUGCUUUUCUGAAGAGGCCAUUGUGUCUGAACUUUGCUGCCCUAAAAUAUGUUGCUGCACUGG